UGACGCACAUGCAAACAAGCCUGCGAGCCAGGUUUGAACCCAUGGGCAAUGCAAGCCGUAUCUCGUUAUUUAAUUACCUCUUGAUUGUUGAGCUGUUUGAUGCCGAGCUACAUUUGUUGUGAUUACCCUUGACUCUUUGGCUGGAAAUCUGACCGCUAUCACACUUGUUGAAUUACCAAUAGUAGCACUUCAAUCAAAGCAGCGUCAAGGCAGACAAAGCACUUAUCCAAGCAUGUCACCAUCCUUGUGGAAGUGACAAAGUGACACAAAGUAAGUGCCUAGCAGCUUCAUUGUCCAAAUCCACGAGUCAGUGGUUGUUCAUUGUCCAUUGUCCACUGUCCAUUGUACUUAGGUACUUGCCUGGUAAUUCUCGACUGGCUGCCCCGGAACACAUAUCUUUCGUCGAUCUCAGCCGACUCCGACGAUUUGUCUCAGAUUCAUUCAUACAAACAUUCGCAAACGCAACAGCAAGCACUUAAAUCAAACCUUUGAAGGCCCUGUAGGCUAGUCAACAACCAACCGCUUACACUACUACAGUCGCCAGAAUGGUCGCCUUUUUCAACAACUUUCGCAAAUCAAAUCUGCUCAAUCUAUGUCUUCGCACACUACAACUCGUCCAAGGUCUGGUAAUCAUUGGAUUGUAUGGCGUCGAUCUGAACAGAGCGAAUCGCGAACACAAAUACUCUGAUGGCAAAUGGGUGUACGCCGUCGUCUGCGGAACCAUGUCUGCAGUCACUGCAGUCGCAUAUGGACUUGUCAGUGUCUUCAUGCAAUACUACACCGUGGCCAUCUUGUUCGCCUGGGACUGGGUUCUGGUGCUUCUUUGGGCAGCCUUAUCCGGGAUCUUUGGUAGCAUGUAUAUCGGAGAAAAGGUCGAAAUGGAAGCUGGCAUCCACCGCAUGAAGGUCGCCGUUGGUUUCGAUUUGGCCGGCUUGAUCCUCUGGUUCAUUACCGGCUCAAUGGGGCUUUGGUGGUUCUUCGCAGAGAGACGGGGUGCUGGCCGGGUCGUGAGGGGCAAAGCUUGAGCCCGCACUGGAUUGGACGGCGAAGACGAGAAGUUGAUCAGUAGCGAGAGUACUAGGAAUGCGGGCGACAGAGCGGCCGUGGUUUUAAAGGCUGGAGGGAAGCAUGGAGAUCAAGUCCAGCUGAAAUGGGAUCAUUAGAUUCCGUUUGGCAUCUAAAUGGGCCAUGUCCUUCGGCUGCUUAAAGUCCAGCUUUUCUGGCCUACAUUGUUUAAUAAGCUGAUAUUCGCAUCUGUGGCAUAUACAGGUAGUGCACGUAGUGACAAGUACGAGUAUUCGAG